AUGAUGAGCUCUACUACUAGUACAUUCGGUGCUCCUCUGAUGAGACACUCGGAGGGACAGGUGGUCCUUGGAGGAAGUGGCGAAGAUGCCGUUUUCAAACCUGCGGAUUACCCUGGUCGCGAACAGCCCUAUGAACACCGCUUUUCGCCCUAUGAUUUCAAUGGUGGAACCGUCGCUGGUGUCUCGGGCGAAGACUACUUGGUGAUUGCUGCCGAUACGCGAAUGAGUUCUGGCUACGAAAUCUUGUCACGCAACACGUCCAAGUUGCAUCAACUCAACCCCAACGCCAUCCUGGCCAGUUCAGGCUGCAAGACCGAUAUGGACCAGCUUCGAUCUGUGUUGGAUAUCAAGAGCAAGAUUUACCAGCACAAUCAUCGCAAAUCCAUGACGGCAACCUCCACUGCUCAGAUGCUGAGUAACACUCUGUACGGCCGUCGAUUCUUUCCCUAUUACGCUUUCAACGUUCUGGGAGGAAUCGACGCCGAAGGCAAGGGAUGCUUGUUUUCCUACGAUGCCAUUGGUAGUUUUGAACGCACCCAGUACUCGGCCACUGGAUCGGGACAGGCCUACGUGAUUCCCUUUUUGGACAAUGUCAUUGGAAACCGCAACCACACCGAAGAGAAACCUACACUCUCCAAGGAAGAGGUGGUGGAAUUGAUGAAGGAAGCCUUUGUGUCAGCAGGAGAGCGGGAUAUCUACACAGGAGAUGCCCUGGAAAUCAUGGUCAUGACCAAAGACGGGGUCACCAAAGAAACCUUUGAGCUCAAGAAGGACUAA